AUGGCGUCACUGUAUCAGAGAUUCACCGGCAAGAUCAACACAAACAAAUCCUUCCCUAACCCUCCAGAGGCGAGCCAUCUCCUCGGGCAAGGUGUGGAGGGGGAGAGGGCGGCGGAGAACCAGCGAGCCCGGCCUCAGCAUCAGUACCGUCGGCACUGCGAGGACGAGGAUGAGCUGGUGGGCAGUAACCCUCCGCAGAGGAACUGGAAGGGAAUAGCGAUCGCCCUUCUUGUCAUUCUGGUCAUUUGCUCGCUGAUCGUCACCUCCGUCAUCCUGUUGACACCAGGCGAAGAUGACCGCCUGGCUCUCAAGGGGAAGGUGACCGUUGGAGACCUCUUCAGAAAAGACUUCAAGGUUCAUGACCCCAACGCCAAAUGGAUAAGCAGUAAUGAGCUGUUGUACCGUAACCGUGAUGGCGAUGUUGUCAAGUUCAACGUUGAUACCGAUGAAAAGACCAUCUUGGUUCAUAACAAGAAGUUUGAAAUGUACAAAGCCAGCAAGUAUGAGGUGUCUCCUGACAUGAAGCAUGUGCUGCUGGCCUACAACGUUGCACCGGUGUACCAGCAUUCCUACACAGCCUUCUACAUCAUCUGCAGUUUGGAGACUCCGGAGACGUGGAACUUGAACCCUCCAGAGGUGCGAAAUGCUCAGCUGCAGUACGCCGGCUGGGGACCCCAGGGUCAGCAGCUGAUCUUCAUUUUUGAGAACAACAUCUACUAUCGCUCGACGGUGGAGAGCCGCUCCAUUAGGCUGGUGUCCACAGGCAAGGAGGGCGUCAUCUUCAAUGGGCUCAGCGAUUGGCUCUAUGAAGAGGAGAUUUUCCAGUCCCAUGUUGCCCAUUGGUGGUCUCCAGAUGGUGCAAGGUUGGCCUACGCCACAAUCAAUGACACCCUGGUGCCCCGGAUGGAACUGCCCAUGUUCACAGGCACACCUUACCCAAUGGGGAAAGAGUACCACUAUCCUAAGGCUGGUGAGGAAAACCCAGUUAUCACUCUGUAUGUUGUGAACCUGAACGGCCCUCUUCACACCAUCGAGAUGAGAAGACCUGAUGAUCCCAGGAUAGGUGAAUACUAUGUGACCAUGGUGAAAUGGGCCACCACCACUAAACUUGCCAUCAACUGGCUGAACAGAGCCCAGAACAUCUCUAUACUCACACUGUGUGAGGCCACAACAGGAGUCUGCACUAAGAAACAUGAGGAUGAAAGUGAAGGAUGGCUGCACAGACAGAAUGAGAGGCCUCUGUUUUCCAAAGACGGACUUAAGCUGUUCUUCACUCGAGCCAUUCCUCAAGGAGGCAGGGGCAAGUUCUUCCACAUCUCCAUGUCCAUCUCCCAGCCCAACACCAGUACAGACACCCUGCAGUCCAUCACCUCUGGAGACUGGGAUGUGACCCAAGUCCUGGCCUACAAUGAGGACAGUCAGCUGAUAUACUUCUUGAGCACAGAGGAUGGUCCAAAACGAAGGCAUCUGUACAGUGCGGACACGUUUGGUUCAUUCAACCGUCGCUGCCUGUCCUGCGCCUUGUCCGACAGCUGUGGCUACAUCAGCGGCUCCUUCAGCCACAACAUGAGCUAUUUUCUGCUCAGAUGUCAAGGCCCUGACAUCCCAUUUGUAGCCGUGUACAAGACACAGAGAGACGCCGAAAGCGAGACGCAAGAUAGAGAAAGUAUUGCUGAAGUAUAUAAACUGGAGAGCAAUGAGAACCUGAGGCUGACCCUGGACUCCAUGCAGAUGCCCACAGUGGAUUACAAGGAGAUCAACAUGGAUGAUUACACUUUGUCGAUGCAGAUCCUCAAACCCGCAGGCUUCGUGGACACUUCACACUAUCCGCUCCUCCUGCUUGUCGAUGGGACACCUGGUGGUCAGAUGGUGUCAGAACGGUUUCACAUGGACUGGGCCACAGUCCUGGUGAGCAGCUUCGGUGCCGUCGUGGUGCGCUGUGAUGGACGGGGCAGCGGCUUCCAGGGCACCAACCUGCUUCACCGGAUCCAGAAGAAAGUGGGUGUGUUCGAGGAGCAGGAUCAGAAGGAUGCACUCAAUUUUAUUUUGAAAGAGCCCUACAUUGACAAAACCAGGGUUGGAGCUUUUGGACAGGUGUAUGGCGGCUAUGUGACCAGCUUGUUGGUCAGCGGCGAGGAGUCUCCUGUAAAAUGUGGAGCUGUCCUGUCACCCAUCACCGACUUUGAAUUAUACGCCUCUGCAUUUUCAGAGAGAUAUCUUGGACUGCCUAAACCUGAUCCAAGGGCAUACACAAUGGCAAAUUUAGCGCACAGAGCAUCUCAGUUUAUGGACAAGAAGUUUCUUAUUAUCCAUCCAACAGCUGAUGAAAAAGUUCAUUUCCAACAUACAGCAAAAUUCAUCGCGCAGCUCAUCAAUGAAAAGGCCAACUACACCUUACAGAUCUACCCAGAUGAAGGCCACUUCAUUCACAGCGAAGCCACACGGCAGCACCUCAGUCAGUCCCUGGUGAAUUUCUUUGAGGAAUGCUUCAGGCUACCAGAGAGAGUGUUUGAGGAGGCUCUGGAAGAAGAGAGCGAAGACGAGGGUUAGCUUGGCCUUGUAGGGCUCCUCCUGUGCCCCCCAAAUCCUCCCCCACACAUGUAGUCAUCUACCACAACACUGGUGUCCAAUAGUCCACAAUAUGCAACUCUCAUCUGCUCUUUCCAUUUGUUUUGGUUUGCGUUUGGACCACCCACCCCACCCGUGUCCGCAUGCUGAACCUGAAACUGCCCUUCCAGCAGACGACGGAUCAACUCCUAACAUCCAUCCUUCCAUCUUCAUCUCCUGCCCUAAGUUCAAAUCCAAAAGGGAGAGAGCCAGAGAGCCAACAAAGACUGAUGACCUGACAUGAUGUUUUGGAAUAUACUGAUUGAUCUAACAGGAAGCAGUCUCCUUCACAGCAGGAUGGACCAGCUCCUCAGAAGCAGUGGAGAGAAAGCAUCAGCUCUCACACAGACUUUUCGAUCUGCAAGGAGAAGGAACACCUUAUAGCACAUAACUCGUGGGCUUGUAUAUCGAUGAAAAAUCAGACACCUGAUGAAAAACACUGGUCGGCAGUGUUUCUAAGGGGUGUCUGGAAUUGUGUGGAUACAGGAAAUGUUACUAUUUUUAAAGUUGUGAAGAACUUUCCAUGUUGGACUGUGGUUGUGUCUGUUGUUCUUACAGUAUGUAAAAUAGCACACAAAUGUUCACUCAGCUAUUACUGAUAUAUUUUCUUUUGGUAUCAUGUUUGCCCUCAUGUUGGUUUCAAAACGUAGCCUCAUCUUAUGUAUUUUAGCGAUGCUGACAGAAUUCUCCAACUGGUAAAAUGUUUGGAAGUUUAAAAAAAAAAAAAAAAAACGCCAUGGGUUUUUAUUAAUGUUCAUUUUAGAC